AAGCCCGAGAAAUCGUCGAAAUCCUCUGUUCGCCGGCGAUUCGUCGAGACGGGAUACUUCUCCGCUUCUUCCGCCUGACCUCUCUCUUGUGGCGUCGUUCGUCGCGCUCUCUUGCUCUCCGUUUAUCCGGCUGAUCGGUGCUUCGCGUUGUCACUGAAGAAUUUCUAGGCAAAUGACUAGUUCAUCGGAAAAGAUAUUUCCUCUGAGUGCGAAAGAUUACGAGCUUUUUGAGGAGAUCCGCGAUGGUGUUUACAGAGCUCGAUGCAUUCUACUUGAUGAGAUUGUGGCCGUCAAGAUCUUGGAUCGUGAAAAUUGCAGGAGCGAUGUGGAAACCAUAAGCAAAGAAGUUCACACAAUGAGCUUAACUGAUCAUCGGAAUCUCUUGAGGCCGCAUUGCUAUUUCUUUGAUGGUAACAGCUUCUGGAUUGUGAUGCCUUACCUUCAAGAUGUUCAGGCUGGGAACAUUUUGGCUGACUCAAACGAAACAGUUUCGCUCGGAGACUUUGCACUGUCAGCAAGCCAGUUACUGGCGGCUCUUAGAGAGCAAAUCGGCAUCCCUUCUGGUGCAGAGAGUUCUAUUGGUGAAGAGGAGACCCUUGAACGAAAUUUGGCUUCAGAUAACUCGGAUAAACUGAUAAACUACGAAGCGCUGACCGCUUGGAUACAGAAUCCUUUAUCUAGUAAUGCUGCUCAAAUCCUCCCAUCGUUACAGAAUCUCCUGCACGAAAAUCAAAUGCAAAGGGAAAGAUUAAUCGGAUUAAACCAGCUCUAUGAUCCGACUGCUGUCAACAGAAAUCCAAUGGUGAAUAGGGAAGGCGUGCAGAUAUCAGCGGAGACAGAUCUAUCUUCUGAGGUUCACUUCUUGGAGCAGAGGGUGAAAGAGCUUGAAGAGGAAGUUGAGAAUCUGAAAAAAGCAAACGCUCAGCUAGAAGAUCAGAUCAACCGCUUGACGAAUGACGAAGAGCAGUGAUCCACAAAAGCACGAUUGACUUUGCGCUCCGUUAUGAAGGAGGCACCACUCUAAGUCUCUAACCUCUGUUUGCAUUCUUUUUACUUUAGGAAAAAAAACCUGGAUAGAUAAACCCCUUGAUGGGUCCAUUCUUUGAGUUAGUUAGAUAACCAAAAGAAAAUUUCUUUACAAGUUUCUUAAAAGUCAUAUUAAAAAGAUCCCCUGUUUGUAUAAAAAUACAGUACC